CCGCCGACGACGACGACGACGACGUUGUCAUCCACAGCUGGGUUGUCACUCAACUUGUUCGUACUCUCUUCAGCGGAACUGCUUUUCCACCGCCUACACCCCCUUGGCUGGAGUCCCCAGGAAAAGCAAAGCCAAACGCAGCGCAAUGGAGCAGAACCCGCUGCUGCUGCUUCAGACACCGGAACAAUGGCCCCUCUGGCCGGACAUGGAUGCGACCUUCCCCCCCGAGUAUUCGGCUUCCCACGAGCUCCAGGCAAACGUCUUACAAAGCCACGAAACCGCCACGUUAGAGCCCUACCGCCUGCAGCCGACACCCAAUCUCAUGGUCGCCGACUUUCCGCCCUCAACGCCUCCUGACCCUGACGCCGGCCUCGAUCUCGACUUCGGAUGGUGCAUGCACCCCGCUACCGACGGCUUCAACAUCCCGGCGUCCUACGGCGGCUUAACCCGAGACAGUCCCCACUUUGGUUCCACGACCGGGAAAACGAUGGAGCCACCCUCCUGUUUCCCCGUCCUUGACGGCGCUCUAGUUUCGGAACCGGUGCCAGCAACCACACAGUCAUGGAGCAUAUCUCGUAAGAACACACGUCAGCAAUUCCCACACAUGAGUUCCUUUCAGGCACACAUGGAAUCCCCCCAAAGUCACAAGCAACAACCGGGAGCACACAAAGGGAAUCCAAGGCAGAACAUCGCCAACGUCGCUGCUCAAUCGUCCAAAUCUUCACUACCUGUCAGAGAGGGCGCUAGCGUGCCAGGAACCUCACAGGCAUCCGCUUACACCAAAGGCAAUUGGGGUAGCACCGAAACGAAGCGUUCACACUCCACCGGCCUCGACGUUCCCCCUUUGUCGGAUAAAACAAACAGCCCCAUGGCUUCGCCCCCGGCUGUAAACCUCUCUCAACCAACCCGUCGAGCCGCUGCUUCGGGUCUGUCGCGAGAGCACCUCCCAUCCAAGAAGUCUUAUAUCACUGAAAUGCGCCGAGGGCAGCGGAAUGACGCCACUCGUUCAAGUGGGAGUCUUCAAAAACGGACAAGAGUAGACCGGGCAGCACGCCUAGGAAGCAAAGCCGACGUCACCAAGCUUUCCGUCUCUGUCAGUGACUAUCAGAGGCAUGUGAUGAACUUGAUUGAGCUUAUCAAAAAGGAAGCGGUGUGAAGGAUAAAGUGGCAAGUCAAAAGAAGAGAAGGCAUGGCCUGACAUUUAUGCAGGCCAUCAAUGUCUGUUUUACUAGAAAUAGAUGUACAAACUGUUUUAGGAUAUGAAGGACAAAUGGUGUAGAGAAGAGUAGAAAGAGAGAAAUCUUUUUGUGGCGGG